AUGUCGGACUCGGAGAGUGCCGACUACCUGCAGCCGGACUUCGACCCAUGGUCGCUGACCGUUCCCCGCUUGCGCUCCAUCCUCGUCACCCAUAACAUCCACUACCCAUCGCAGGCGAAGAAGCCACAGCUUGUUGACCUUUUCAAUGAGCAAGUCCAGCCAUUGUCGAGCCAGAUCUUGGAUACCCGCGCCCGCGCAAAGCGUACGAGCCGGGGCAUCGUCGACGCAGACUCUCACAGCUCCACAGCUGCGGACUUCAGCGACGAGCCUUUGCCGCCACCCCCUUCCGCGAGGCGAUCUCGGUCGCCCAGGAAAAUAACUCGGGUGAAGCGCGAGUCCGAGGAACCUUCCCAUCUCCCUGCGACCCCCGCGCCGGUGAGAGAAAGUCCCCGCAAAAGACAGUCGCGUCCCGCAAGCGCCCAAUUGGCGCACGCGUCCGACACCGAUACCGCCCCCGAACACGAGCAGCUGCGAUCUGUUAGACGCGACCGGCGCGCGACACCGGCCCCUAAGUUGGAGCCACCAGAGGAAGAGGGUUUCUUCAAGCGCACACCCGAGACGGACAAUGUUUUCUCAAGCGAAAACCCCUUCCAGAGUGGUGCCAACACCCCGGCGUCUCCUUUAAAGACACCCUCCAACCGCCGAAGGACCGCUGGGCUAGAGUCCGUUUUGAAACAAACGCCAUCAACCGCUCGCCGAAGGACCGAUCACCAUAUCUACAACGAUGCCGAGGAGUCUACUGCGGACACUGCCCUAGAUUAUCAACCCCCCCUCGCGCAGACCUGGACGGCUGGGCCUCAAACCCCCGUUGUCGAGGCCGACGAGGAAUUCACGCCAGACGAGCAACUCGCGUUGACGCAGGAAGAGGCUGCUCACCCGGAAAUUGCUCUAGCUAGAAGGGCUACACCGGACACCAAAAAACGCAGGUCGAGUCUUGCAACCCCGAUUUGGGUGCUUGUGACAACUCUCUUCGUUGCUUAUGCGGCAUGGUAUAGGCAAGAAAAACUCGCAGUUGGUUAUUGUGGCCUUGGUCGCCAACCAACCCAGCUCAUUCCGGCAAACGUUCAGCUCCCCGAGUGGGCCGUUGAAUUGGCCUCCAGGUUUGAUUUUCUUCAAGACAUCCAGAGCAUCCAGGUCCCAGACGCCUUCAUCAACGUUCUCGAGGUCCAGUGCGAACCUUGCCCGCCGCACGCUUACUGCUACGAGGAUUUCACGGCUCGCUGUGAGCCCGACUUUAUCCUGAAGCCCCAUCCGCUUUCACUGGGCGGCCUCGUCCCUCUCCCGCCGACGUGUGAGCCAGAUGGCGAGAAAGUCCGACGGGUGCAGGCCGUUGCCGACAAGGCUGUGGAGGAGCUCCGAGACCGACGCGCCAAGUACGAGUGUGGUGAGCCCCUCGAGCCCGAAGGCGAACCCCUUGACAGCCCUGCGAUGGAUGAGCAGGAGUUGAAGGAGAUCCUGAACAAAAAGCGCAGCAAGAGAAUGGGCGCCGAUGAGUUUGACGAACUCUGGUCCGCCGCGAUCGGAGAGGUCAAGGCGAGGGAGGAAGUAGAAGUUCAGCAGGAGGAGAUCAAGGCGCCAGCAACCGGAGGUGCCUCUACCUUUCCAAGCGCCAAACUAUCGUCGUCCUCUCUCGCUAGCCUUUCGUACACCUGCGCGCUCCGGCGGUCGGUCAAGCUCGGAGUGGCUCGACAUCGACUCAGCAUUGGUGGACUAAUCUUCGCCGUGCUGUCCGUUAUGUACGGUCGUCGUCGCUUCAUACACAACCGCGCCCUAUCGGCGCAGAUUCCUGCCCUCGUGGACGAAGUCCUCGAGCGCCUCGCCAACCAGAAGGAGAUCGCCUUUGAAGGUGGCGACGAGGACGCCUUCUUGUUCCUCCCUAAUCUGCGUGAUGACGUGCUUCGUGCCCUCCACAGCCUUGCCGACCGCGAGCGUCUCUGGCAGCGUGUCCGCGCCGUCGUUGAACAGAACAGCAACGUCCGUACCGGCCAACGUGAGGGUCGGAAUGGCGAGGUUGGCAGGGCGUGGGAGUGGAUUGGGCCUAGCCGAAUCGCUGGUGCCGGGACUGGUGGCGCAGGUAACGAUCGGCCGACCUCCCGCCACCGCAAGAGUGCCCGUGUCUCGUGGGGCCCGGGCGUGAAAGGGGAGGUGGAAGAGGAGGACCGGAAGUUAUUGCCGGAGGCAGUGGGAGAGCCCCGUAGAGCGGUUCACCGGAAGUGGGAGGAGGGUCGACCGAUUUAUUAA